ACUAAAAUCGCAGACUGAACAUAUCAUAUGUUUAUGUAUGAUUCAAAAUAAACGAAGACAUUGUCGUAACAUGUGUUGAUACUAGCCGUCGUCGCAUAUGUGCACAAACACAUAGCAAUACACAUUCUGAGCCAUAUUCAUUUUUCAUUUGAAUCGGCAGCAAUUCCUCGAAAAAUUUACAUUUGACCGUCAGUUUCUAAUGUGCAUUUUGGUUACUUUCUACGCAAUAUGCUAAUUUUUGUGUGGUGAUAAUUUUUCAAAAAAACCGAAAAAUUUCCUUCAAACAAUUGACAUUUUCAACUCUUUAGCGCACUCAUAAUUCUUUCAAUUGAAAUAUUUAAAAGAAAAGUGCCAAAAAUUUAGUGAGAAAAAUACAGGAAUAAGGAUAAGUUAAUAUUACAUAAAAAAAAAUAUCGAAUAAAUAGUUUGAAAUACAAAAUGUCCGGUGACGUGCAGCCUAGGAAACGAAACAAAGAUAAGAAGAGGCGCCGAGAAGAUUCAGAUGUUGGGCGUGCAUCAUUCGAAUAUAGAAAAUUGAGCAUGAAAGAUGACGACGAAACACGACCGGCUGGUGUUCAUGCAACAAAAAUGGGGCCCGAUGAUAUUCAAUUGCAUGUACACUCAGAUCAUGGAACUGGAGGUCAUUGGUGUGCGAAAAUCUUCUUCUUCUCACUAUUAGCAAUAUUGUUGGGUUUAAUUGGAUUGAUUUUGUUGGAAAAUCGGGGACUUUCGGAUUUGGACACUCCGUUGUCUGAAUCACGUUUUGCAGACAUGUUAGAGGGAUGGGUAGAUGAAGAGCGGGAAGUACAUGAUGAACAUGAUACUCAUGCACCCGACGAACAUGGCGAUGAUCAUGAAAAUGAUGACGAGCACGAUCAAGAUGAUGAUGGUUUGGCCAAUAACGAUGAUCAUGAUGAAGAUGGCACAGCCAAUGAAUUGACAAAAGAUGAUCCUGAUGAUAAAAACGAUGAAAAAGACGAAGGGUUUGAAGAUGCCAAUGAUGAUGAUGACGACGACGAUGAAGGGAACGAUGACAAUGAUGAUGAGCAGUCCAAUUCACUUCCAAAACUGUCCAUAUUAACAAAUGACACUGCUAACAAUCAUGACAAUACUAAAAUAAAUACUGAAAGUAUUGGCAUAGUAAAACGGUCCAUUGAUAAUAAUGUUAAAUUGAAUGAAGAUAACCAAAGUGAUCCGGUCAAUAUAACAGUGACUCAGCUUAAGCAACAAGUGGACGUCUUAGUUGAAAAUUAUAACAAACUAGCCAAAACAUUGAAUCGGCCACAAUUACAUGAAACUAACAGAAAAUCGGAUGGAGAUGAUGGCGAGGAUAAGAGUCAAGAAGAUGACGAGGUUGAAAAGCCAUUAGAGACUGAAGACGAUGACGAGAAUGACGAUGAUGACGAUGAUAAUGAUGAUAACGAUGACACAAAUAAUGAUAAUAAUGAUGAUAAUGAUGAAGGAAUAGUGACAGGAGACCAACAGGAUGACAAUGAUCUAGAUGAUGAUUCCGAAAAUGAGAUCGAGAAUCAAGAUGACGUUGACGAUACUCCUGACGUUGAUGAACCACAAACUACAGAUGAUGAUGGAAACGACAUAGAUCAACCAGAAAAUCAACCAGAUCAAGAAACAGAAGAAGAGUCUAGUUCACUUGCUGUAAGAAUCAUUGUUGGCUUGGCCCUAGUAUUGGUUGCACAUCAAGUGCUAAUCAAACGUCCGCAAAUGAAUACUGAUGAUGAACCGAAACCAACAAGUGACUCCGAAACAAUGCCCGAUGAGAGUGCAGAGCUUCUUGAAAUGAAACGUCGUUUCACCUUAGUCACUGCUGAAGAGCCAAUCCCAUCGAGUGAUGAAGAGACGAAGGAGCAUGCGUCCUUACCAGUCGAUGAAAGUGUCAAAACAAUUGAAUCUCCCCCCAUACAAGAAAAUCCACCAGUUAACAUUUUACAUUCUGACGAGGAAGAAAUUGAUUCCAAUCAAUUAACACCGACAGAUGAUACCGAACCCAAGGACAUUGAAGUUGACGAAGAAUUAAUAAGCGAGGAAGAAGAAUUGAUUUCCUCUGAAGGUCAUGACUACGACAGUGAAUCAUCUGACGUCGAUGAUUCAGAUUUACUGAAAAGAUUAGACGAAAAAUAUGGAAAAUUACCACCACCAAGCGACGAAGACGAUCCCGAAGAUGGUGUUGAAGAUGAGGACAUCGAUCCCACAUGGACAAAAAUAGAUCGUUCUGGUCCCGCGUCAUUUCCAUCCGAUGAUCACGUAAUAGAUGAUGAAAUUCGACAAGCAAAUGAACAGCUUGCGGAGGAUCCUCUUUCCGCUUUAACACUAUUCGAACAAAUCCGUCAAACAUAUCCAGCAUCAACAGCUGCUCAGUAUGGCAUCGCCAAGGCAUUAGACAGUCUGGCCGAUUUAAAACGUAGCAACAGUCUACUACGACGUGCCAUUGAAGAAUAUGAAAAAUAUAUCAAUAUGGGUGACAAACUAAACGAUACAGAGUUUAAAGUGGCUGCCGAACGUUGUAUUGAGCGCAUGAGAUUUAUAGGCGAGCACACCAAAGCAGUUCCGGUUCAUGAAAAGCUUAUCGAACGUUUCGAUGACAAUCCAUACUAUCGUAAUCAAUUGGCGGUUACAUAUUUGCUCGUGAAUAGAUUGGCUGAUGCAAAAUAUGUAUUGCAUAUGACUCUACAGCGAUGGCGUGACGAUGGUUUUGCUGCCGUUCAUUAUGGUUUUGUAUUAAAAAAUUUGGACCAUAAUUUAGAGCAUGCGGUGAUAUUUUUGCGACAGGGCAUUGAGUCGGGUGCAAAUGGAACUAGCGAUGGUCGAUUUUAUUUCAAUCUGGGCGAUGCACUCAUUCGACUCGGUCGACAAGAUGAAGCCAAAGAAAUAUUCAAAGAGGCUGCGAAAAAGAAACUUUUUCCAUCUGAAUAUCAACGAUCACUUUAUAAUUUAAAACAUUUAAAGGCGCAACCAUUUUGGACACUAGCUGAGACAGGAUACAAACAUGAGUUUCAAACUCUUGAGCAAAAUUGGAAGAGAAUUCGUGAUGAAGGUUUGAAUCUUCUAAAUGACAUUGGCUACUUUUCAGAUGAAGCGGAAAAUCUACGCGAUACAGGAGUUUGGAAACAAUUUGAAUUGUUUGCCCGUGGCAAGCGAAAUGAUGAAAAUUGCAAACGAGCAUCGUUCACGUGUAAGCUCAUUGAAACAUUUCCAGCUGCUCGAUUUUGUAAGCGUGGCCAAGUGAAAUUCAGCGUAAUGCAUCCGAAUACUCAUGUCUGGCCACAUUGUGGACCAACAAAUUGUCGAUUAAGAGCACAUUUGGCACUCAAAACAGCCGAUAAAACAUCAAUUCGUGUUGCGACCGAAACAAAAACUUGGAUGGAAGGUAAAAUCAUGGUAUUUGAUGACAGUUUUGAACAUGAGGUAUGGCACAAUGGCACAACAAAUCGAUUAAUAUUAAUUGUUGAUGUUUGGCACCCCGAAAUAUCAGCCGACGAGAAGAAAACACUGGUUCCUAUUUAGUGCUAAAUUAUGUUCCGUUUGUUCAUCUUUUAUUAAGCAUCUAGAUAAUUCUCAUUUAUAUUUUGUGUUUCUUAUUUUAAGUGCCUUCCCAUUUUAAAUUGGAUACUUAAUUGUAAUCUAUUGUUUUUAAAUAUAGAGAGUCUCAUUUAACUUUUUUUUACUCAGAUAAUUUUAAAAGAAACUGUAAAAUUUGCCAAAGAAAACUUUCUGUGGAACUAAAACAAGAAUGAAAUUUCAAUAAAUUAGACGUCAUUUUGGGAAA